AAGGAGGUGAGGGGAGGCCAUGGGCGAGCGUCUCCGGGUCCUUGCCAAAGGCGAGGCCGCAGAUGGAUGUUGCUUGAGCGCGGCCGUCUUGCGUUGCAACACCUAGGUGUCCCCGUCAGAGUUGCAGAUGCUGUUGCCGAGCAGAUCCACUGCGAGGUCGCCGACAAGGCCCGAGGUUGUCGCCGUCGACAAGGGGGCUUCACGUGAGUCGCCGCUGGCCACAAAGGGGCCUUCACGUGAAGUAACCUUUCACUCCAGCUGGCUGCGGUGGAGUAUUUUUAGGAACAGGGGAGGCCCAGGAGUAAAUUUUUUACUCCUUUGUUUAGGAGAUCGGCUAGGUGACGGUUAGAGGAAUAAAACUAAAAUUUUACUCUAUAACUUUUUAGGGGAUCGGCUAGAGACGCCAAAGCACAUCUUUUCUCUUUAGUUGUGAAUAUACUCCCUUCAUUUUUAUUUAGUCCGCGUAUUAGCUUUAGUCAAAGUCAAGCUUUGUAAAUUCUGACCAAAUUUAUGAAUACAAGUAUUAACAUACACAAUAACACAUCAAUACCAUCAGAUUUAUUGUUAAAUGUACUUUCACAUCAUAUAAAUUUGUUAUAGUAACUGUUUGUACCUUUUUCUAUAAACUUGGUUAAACUUUACGAAGUUUGAUUUCAGUCAACUCUAAUAUGCAGAGUAAAUAAAAAUGAAGGGAGUACUGAAUAAUUGCCGGUGUCUGGGAAUUCGCACCCUGCUACAUUAGGCCAGAACAGAACCGCUAGCCUCCAAAACCGAGGUUUGAGCCAGAAAUCACUUGCCAAACGUGAAGCGUGAGCUUAGUUGUGCAUCUUCUGCAGAAGCAGAGCAGUCAAACCUGCUAGUACGUAUUAUCUUUUCGCUUUUCCUUUCACUUCCCUUCUCCUUUUCCUUCUUUCUCCUUCAUUCUCCCCUGUCCCAAAUGAGACGCCCUGCUCUCUGCUCCCCUGCAUUUCUCCUCCACCUUUCAUCUGCACUUGCUGCAUUCAUUCUUUCCUCCCUUGCCUCACGCCCUCACCACAAGCCGGUGGUCUCUCUCCCUCACGCGUGAGAUCGAUCGAUGUGGUUCUAUGGCGUGCCAAAUCCUGCCAAGUUUCUAGCAUGGUAUCUUGUCAGCGUGUCCUGCUGAGGUCGGGGCACCACCCAUAACUAGCCCUCUCUUUGUUUCGCUCAGGACAUCAGAGUGAAGGUGUUUUGAAGGCUAAACGAAAGCAUGGCCAUAACAAGGGAGAGCUUGGAACAAAUAUGGAGUCAGUGGGAAAUCCAGCUGGUGGUGCUCCUCAGCUUCACCCUGCAAAUCUUUCUCUUCUUCACCCUGCAAAUGCUCUGCUCAGGCUUCUUACCUGGCUAGCUUAUGUUGCGGCAGACAUGGUCGCCGUAUACGCCCUUGGCCUCAUAUCCCGAGAUGAUCAGAGCACCACGACAUCGCCUGGAUCAUGCCAUGGGAACAAGGGAUCAAACGGACUCUCCACGGGCACAAGCCGCCACCUAGCGUUCCUCUGGGCGCCUUUCCUCCUCAUCCAUCUCGGCGGGCAGGACACCAUUUCGGCCUUCUCCAUCGAGGACAACAACCUGUGGCUGAGGCACCUGCUGAACCUGACCAUCCAAGUCUCCUUGGCCUUGUACGCCUUUUGGAAGUCGAUAGGUGGACGUAACCAGCGGCUCCUUGCUCCAGCCGUCCUGGUGUUCGUCGCCGGGAUCAUCAGGUAUGGGGAGAGGACAUGGGCGCUCAAGUGCGGUAGCCGGAAUGGCCUCAAGGAAACAAGCCUGCCCCCAUUGCCUAAGCUGAAUGUUGAGGUCGACAAAAGCAGCUAUGUUGGCACCAUCUGCUACGUUCUAGGCUCAAUGGCUGCCAUCCGGGAUCUUUUCUCAGGGCGCACCACCUCCCAAAUGAAAGAGCGUCGAGCCUUCAGGUUCCAAGAAGACAGGCCCCUAGACCAAGUGCCCAAGCUGCUGGAGGUCGAGCUUGCCAUGAUGUACGAUGAUCUCUACACCAAGGCCAUGGUGCUUAGAACAAGGACAUGCGUCGUGCUCCGGUGCGUCAGCCAGGUCUCCUCUAUAGCUGCCUUUGUGCUCUUUCUAGUUGGAAACGACAGACAAGAAUACAGUGGAACCGACAUCGCGAUCACCUAUGCGUUAUUCAUCGGUGGAUUAAGUCUUGAUGUUUGUGCUUUUGUUCCGAUUGCGAUGUCGCCGUGGACUUGGGCCUUCUUCAAAGCUCGAAGGUGCGAAAGGCUUGCCCGCAUUUCUUGGCUCGUUCUCUCAAGUCGCGUCGGCUGGCCGGAGAAGAGACCGUUGUGGUCCAACUCUAUGGGGCAGUAUAACUUCUUGAGCUCAUGUAUGGGCUGUGAGCAAUCAGCAACAUCAUCCAAACUAAUGACUGUCAUGAGAAAGAUGUUAGACGCGGUUGAGAAGAAGCUCUUCGUCAGAAACCUACAGCACACCAAGCAUGCCAAGGUGAGCAAGGUCGCGUGGGUUGGACGCCUUUCCCGCGAAAACUUCACAAGGAUGACGCAGCAGCAACACUGGGCGAAUCUUCGCCCAAUCAUCAAGGCAACACUGAGCUCCGCAGCUAAUUCUUUCGGCGAUAACAUCAUCCUCUUGCAUACAUACACAGAACUGCACUUGCGGAAACGCCCCAGCAACAUGGAUGACGAAGCAUUAUCAGACAUGUGCAGGAAGUUGGCUAACUAUAUGGUGUACCUCCUGGUUGUGCAGCCUUCCAUGUUGCCACUAAGUGGCACCGCGGAGGACACGUUGGCCGGACUCUACGAGGAGAUGAGCAAGAACGGCAGCCGCGAGCGAGAUGUCCUAGACACCGCCUAUCAUCUGGUGGAAGACAAGCUGGAGUUCGGCUAUGAGGAAUGCCUGAAAGAACAGGAGCAACCCGGGCCGUGGCGCGAGACGCUGACGGAGAUCCAGGAUAUGUGGAUGAGGCUACUGCUCUACGCGGCCGGCAAGUGCCCCGUGGAGAUGCACGCCCAGCAGCUAGGCAGAGGAGGGGAGCUCCUCACCAUGGUCUGGUUGCUCAUGGCGCAUAAUGGCAUUGGAGACGUUGGUGAUCAGGUUGAGCUUAUCACUAAUGAUGAAACUAUGGAGGGCCCGUUCUGUGCAUUUCAUCUUCCUAAAGAAUCAGAACACAUGUCUGCAUAGGUAGCUCUGCCGUGCUGGUUUGCAAGCCAAUGCCAAAUGUAUGUACUCCCUCCAUAAACUAAUAUAAGAGUGUUUAGAUCACUAUUUUAGUGAUCCAAACGCUCUUAUAUUAGUUUACAGAGGGAGUACUAGUUAUGUUUUGGGAGCCCAAAGCACUUGGAUAUAGUAAUAUUUUCUCUUGGUUUCUUAUUUCUUUGGUGCUGUAAACAUAAGUACCAAGUGAUAGGUAACUUACAGCGUUUGGUUGUUCCAUAUUUCCGUGUCAAGAUUUUAGCUCUCGAUUGUUUGGUGAUGUAAACAUAACGUUUGAUUGCUCCAUAUUUCCAUGCUAAG